UUGAAUGUUAGGUUGGAUCAGUAGGUUUGAAGAUAUGAAAUCCCCACCAUCAGCACCAAAGAAAAUCUGGUGAACUUGAGAACGGAGACCAACAUCUAGUUAACUAGUUUAUUCACUAAGAAAGACAACAAAUAGGUAUAAACAGAACUGAACAUCACAGUUCGGAGAUAUGAAGCAAAAUCUUGAGAAGAAAACUAGCAAAGAGAGCACAUGGAUGAGUACACCACCACCACCUCCUCCACCACCACCAGUGCUAAGAUACUACUGCUGGCGGACACCAGCAUCUAGUACUUGGAGUGCCACGAACGAGGAGAUUGCACGGUUUUGGAGGCAGAAGAAAAUAAACGAGGAAGAUCACUUCCUCGCUGCUAUCAAAGCUGCUGCUCGUAUUAGAGCUCGUAAUCUGAAUGAAGAAGACUACAGAAAGUUUGAAGAGUCAUUAAAUGAGGAAGAGCACGACGAAGAAAACAAGAUGAAAGAAAACAACAACAAAAUGGAGGACGAUUCAAUGAACAAAGAGAUACGCGUUGGAAUAAAGGACUGGUGGACAAAGAGUAAGUAUGCUUAUCUGAACCAACCAGCAGAGGAAUCCAUGAAAAAGCCGAAGAAAGUCUCAACUUAUGUACCAAACAAUUUGGUCUUCUAUAAACCCCUUCAAACUCAACCUCUAGUUGCUUCCUUUGGCAUAUACUAGAUAUCUUUUCUUCAGCCACUGCUGUUUAAGAUUGAGUGUCCUUUGUAUCGGAAUCCCACUGAGUUCCAAUGGAGCUUGGUCUUGUCUGAAUUUUAGUCCACCUGGACGUGAUCCUGUUAUUAUUGUAAUUUGUAAGAGUACUGUAAUGUUGCUCUAGUGUUUGCCUAAAGCCCUGUAAGUGUGAUAUUAAGUUCUACCAUGUUACAACCAAUUCUUGCUAUCAACAAUUGCACUAUGAAUUUACGUAAGUGUUACUGUGAUAAUGGUGCUACUGUAAUAAUGGUGCUCUAGUGUUUGGCUAAAGCCCUAUAAGUGUGAUAUUAAGUUCCAUGUUACAACCAAUCCUUGUUAUCGACAAUUGAACUAUAAAAUUUAUGUAAUAAUGUUA